AUGUCCCAAAAAGAAAAGAUUACCUUUUGGAUCAAACGAACAAAUGCUCCAAGAUUCUUUGAAGAUGCGAAUGAAAGAUCGAAAAAACCUCAGAACAAAGCAUAUCACGAUAAAUCCAUCGAAGGAAAACUAGUAGCCGAUUUUCUGGCAGAACUCUCUAACGAAAAUACUACCACAGAAGCAUAUCUCCUCCCAGAUGAGGAACUUUUGAUGAUAGAGGAUGACUACUGGACACUAUACUUCGACGACGCAUCCAAUCAGAAAGGAUGUGGUGUCGGAGUACUUGUUGUCAUCCCAGAAGGUGCACAUGUUCCAAUCUCCGUUAAAGUAGACUUUGAGGCCACAAACAAUGUCACAGAAUACGAAGCCUGCAUAGUUGGGAUGGAAUCCGCGGCAAGCCUUGGAGCCAAACACCUUCGAGUCUUUAGCGACUCAUCCUUGAUUAUAAAUCAAAUAUCGAGGAAAUGGAAGGUGCGGAGCACAAGUCUUUCAAUUUAUCAAGCUCAUCUAGACCAAAUAGCUGAGAAAUUCGAGGAAAUCGAAUUCACGUACUUACCAAGAGACGACAAUCAGUUCUCGGAUGCACUAGCUAAACUAGCCUCCAUGCUCAACAUCCCGAAUGAAAUGGACGGAAUGAACCUAUAG